CAAUUCUUAAUAUAAAUGAAUAAAAAUGCGAAUGUUAAAGCUUCUCACCCUCAGGCUGUGCAGAGCCACCUGGAGAAGCCUUCUGGAGCUGCAAUCCUCUGCAACAAUUGUGGUAAUCCGUGCAAAGGAGAGGUGCUAAGAGUGCAAAAGAAGUAUUUCCAUAUUAAGUGUUUUGUUUGUAAUGCAUGCGGAUGUGACUUGGCUCAAGGAGGAUUUUUUGUGAGACAAGGAGAUUAUAUCUGUACUUUGGACUAUCAGCGACUCUACGGCACGCGGUGCUUCAGCUGUGAUCAGUUUAUUGAGGGAGAAGUGGUUUCAGCACUGGGGAAAACCUAUCACCCAAAUUGUUUUGUGUGUGUGGCUUGCAGGCAGCCUUUUCCUCCUGGGGAUCGUGUGACUUUCAAUGGCAAAGACUGUGUCUGUCAGAAAUGUUCUCUGCCACCUACUGGAAGUAACAGCAAUUUUCCAGUUCUCCAAAAUUGUGGGGAUUGCGGCUCCGAAAUAAAAAAUGGACAGUCUUUGGUAGCUUUGGACAAACACUGGCACUUGACCUGUUUUAAGUGCAAGAUAUGUGGCAAACGUCUGAAUGCUGAAUAUAUCAGCAAAGAUGGUGUUCCAUAUUGUGAAAUAGACUAUCAUGCUAAAUUUGGAAUAAGAUGUGACAAUUGUGAAAACUAUAUAACAGGAAGAGUUCUGGAGGCAGGAGAAAAACACUACCACCCAACGUGUGCGCGAUGUAUCAAGUGCAGCCAGAUGUUUGCAGAAGGAGAAGAAAUGUAUCUUCAAGGGACUUCCAUUUGGCAUCCAACCUGUAGGCAGGCAGCCAAAGCUGAAGAAAAGACCAAGUUGCAGGAAACUAGAACAUCAUCUGAAAGCAUAAUCUCCGCACCUGUCUCAAGUACUUCAGGGUCCCCAAGUCGAGUGAUUUAUGCAAAACUUGGAGAUGAAAUCCUUGAUUACAGAGAUUUAGCUGCUCUUCCUAAGAAUAAGGCAAUCUAUAACAUCGAUCGUCCAGAUAUGAUCUCCUAUUCUCCAUAUAUCACCUAUCUGACAGAUGACAGACACAUUUACGGGGAGGGUGACCAAGAUGACCGUUCUUUGAAGCAGUACAGGAUUUCAAGCCCUAGUUCCACUGGCUCGCUUGGCUAUGGCCGUAACACCCCAACUAGCCAUUCACCUCAGAACUACAGCAGACCAGCUGGUACUCAGACUCUUGGUACCAGUAGCUGCACCUCCCUGCCCCAACACACAAGCCUUGCAUCUACAUUCAGGCAUGAUUACAUCCCUUUCUUCAAAGGCAGUGAAAGUGGUCGGAGCACUCCAAGUUUAUCCAUGUACUCAGACAGCAAAUCUUCAUCCUCUCUCUAUCAGCAAGCACCUAGACACUUUCAUGUCCCAGACACUGGAAUAAAAGAUAACAUCUAUAGGAAACCCCCUAUCUACAGACAGCAUGCAUCAAGAAAAUCAGAUGGUGACAGUGGGAGCUGUGACCAAGACAGCAGGAAGCUAAAGUCCAGCUGGCUCACUUUGAAAGGGGACGUGGAUGUCAGAAUGAACUCUCCAGUUCUGGAUACUCAGUCACUCCCACAAAGUCCUGGAACUGACAGGGAGAUUCAGCGGUUGCACAAUAAUGCAAACACAAUCUAUCUACGAUUUCCAUAUUCCAAAUCUGCUUCUCUUCCUGACUAUGGAAAGAAUGGAUUACACCAUGCUGCAGAUGUGACCCAAUAUGACACUGACCAGGAUGCUGCUUGGGGAAAGAGAGAAUACAAGGUCUAUCCCUACGACACACUUAUUGUAACAAAUAGAGUCCGGGUGAAACUACCAAAGGAUGUCGAUAGAACCAGGCUGGAGCGGCACCUGUCCCCUGAAGAAUUCCAGGAAGUCUUCAAAAUGAGCAUUGAACAAUUUGAACGACUUGCACUUUGGAAACGGAAUGAGCUAAAGAAAAAGGCUUUGCUUUUCUAGCCUCCCACUGACCAACAGAAAUGUGCUUAAUGAAAACAAACUACUCACACUUGCCACAACUUAUCAUGUGCACUUGCUGUAGACCCUUUGUCCAACUUCAUGUGUUAGGAGUGGGCAAGCAGAAGCAAAGAGAAAAAAAAAAACAUGCUGUUUGCGUGACCCGGAUGAAUAUCUCAGUAAACGCUUGGUCUUUAAAGAAUAUAACAAAUUAAUGCUUUAAAUUAAUGAUUGCUUUAACUGUCGCUUUUUGCAAAAAUAAGUCAUUUUAAAUAGGAAGGAAGGGUCAUUUGGACAAACAAACAAAAUAGCUAGCUACCAUUUUGUUUCUACAUUUUGCACUAGUGAGCAAAACUUGUACAGAAUCAAAACAGAGGUGGAAAACAAAACUUCCCCAGAAGCAAAUGUCAUGAAGGCCAAAGAAAAGCAUGUGAUUAAGUCACUCUUGCCAAUGUUUGUGUGUGACAUCUUUUUAGGAAUAAAAGAAAACGUAUAAUAAAGCACUUUAAGUCUCAUUCUCUCACUUAAAUGUAAGCUACUAUUUCAAAAGUAAUGUAGCAAAUGAAAAAAAAAGCUAUCAAAACUUUUAUUUUAGUAAAAAUAGACUGUAAUGUAAAUGUGUCCAGAUGACCAUAACAGGCAGUUCAAUCUACAACCCACUUUAUACAGAAUACUUGAUUUAAAAUGUAUUAGGUGUUUACUUUAGUGAGUCAAAGUUCCUCUAAUUUCUUUGGAUUAACUCAGCUAGGGAUCAUGUAGAAAUUUAAUCUUCACAUCAGAAAAGUAAAUUCUUGUGUGGAAAUGUCAUAAGGCUGUGCAAUUCUGACUGUGUAUUUCUAUUUUUUCUACAUUUCACUCUAGUACAAAGAAUGUGUAAUGAAUCUUGACUCUAUGCAUACACUGGUGUUCACAUUAAAAAUAUUGUUUUGUAAUUAAAUGUUA